AUGAGAAAAGAAUUGAAAUGCAUUAUUUGGGCCCAUGUUGGUCUAAUUGUUUAUCUAUUAUAUUUAUCAUUUGAUUUACUUUCAUUAUUAAAUGAUGAUAUUUUCAGUGAUGCAUUAUUAGACGUUGAAAUUAAUCCUAACCCUAGCACUUCAUUAAAUAAACCAGCCAUUAUUCCUAAGAUUAUCCAUCAAACUUAUAAAACUACUGAUAUUCCAGAAAUUUGGAAACCAGGUCAACAAGCUUGUAUCAAUCUUCAUCAAGACGAUUAUCAAUAUUUCUUAUGGACUGAUGAACUGGCUCGUGAAUUCAUCAAUAAGGAAUUCAACUGGUUUAUUGAUACUUGGGAUAAUUAUAAAUAUCCUAUUCAACGAGCAGACGCUAUACGUUAUUUUGCCUUGUAUUAUUACGGUGGGAUCUAUAUUGAUUUAGAUGACGGUUGUAAACGUAAAUUAGAUCCAUUACUCACGGUACCAGCUUUUGUUCGUAAAACUGCCCCCACGGGGAUCUCCAAUGAUGUUAUGGGAAGUGUUCCUAAUCAUCCUUUCUUUUUGAAAGUAAUUCAAGAUUUAGAAAAAUAUCAACGUAAUUGGUUGGUGCCGUACAUCACCAUUAUGAUGUCAACAGGUCCAUUAUUUUUAUCGAUCAUGUGGAAACAAUAUAAACGUUGGGGUGUUCCUGAAGCUGGGAAAGUGCGGAUUUUAUUACCCCAAAACUAUAAAGGAACUACAUCUUCAUAUUUUGCCAUAGUUAGAGGCUCAUCUUGGCAUAUGGGUGAUGCUAAUUUUAUUAAAAGUUUGGGUGAUCAUUUGGUAUUGGCAGUAAUUGGUGGAUUUUUACUUGGUUUAUUGAUUUUAUUUGUGGAAUAUUUGUUUUAUUCUUGGGUGAUUUCAAGUCAAUGCAAAAGAUUAACGAGUAAACUUCUUAGUUUUACUUGGGCCAUAUUAAUGGGGGUUUUAAGAUUUUUCCAUUUAGAUAAACUUCUAUCUAAGUGUGAUUUUUGGAGUCGUUCGACAAAGUAUGAAGAAAUGCUUUUACCAAAAGAUAGCAAUGAUUUGAAAAAUAUCAACAACAAUAACACCAGCAAUAACAACACUAAUGGUGGUGACAGUAACAAUAAUGACAAGAGUGACUAUAAUAACAACGAUAAUAACAACAAUAACAUUAACAACCACACUGGUAAAACUAGAUUAUCAUCAAUUUUCAAUAUUUUGGGUGGUAAAACAAAGGUUAAAAGAAGAAAUCGUAAAGAUUCAAACUUGCCUAUUGAAAUUGACGUUUUGAGUAAACUUCUAGAUGAUACCGUGAUAAUAGACGCAUCAACUACUGAAACCCCAACUAACCCUGUUUCUCCAACUCCAUCACCAAUUUCUCCAACCAUUAAUUCAAGGACUUCUAAUAAUGAACUUUUAAUUCCAACCAAUAAUAAUAAUAAUAAUAAUAAUAAUAAUAAUGAUAAUACUAAUAAUGUUAAUAAUAUUAAUAAUAGAACCACUUGCGAUGAUCAAUCAACUUUACUUCCUUAUUCGACUCGGUUGUCAUCAUCUUCCUCGUCGUCAUCAUCAUCUCCUUCAUCUUCUACUUCUUCAUUGCCUAGUCAUGAAACUAUAAUGAAAUUAAAUAAUGAUAUUGUUUAA